UCGAAAUGUAAAUUGCUUUAAUAGACAUGUAACUUGAGCCCAAAUCAAAAUACAAGCUAUCUAUUAUACGUAGUAUAUGUAUAAAAAAUACAAUCGUGGAUGAAUUGAUGGGGAGUAUUCUGGCGGGUGAAGCUAGAAGAACAAGCUGGGAGGAGAAAUUGAACAAGCGAUUUUGAAGUAGGGCAUGGAAUGAAGCCCAGAUGCGGAGUAACUAAACCCUAGCUACUACUCCGGCGCGGCGCUGCAGAGCAAAUAUAGAGAUGAUGGAAAUCUACUGUUUCGAUGCAUAGUAGAAGCGCAACAGUCAUAGCAACUCCAGAUACACAACAAGGUUGAAGACGGAGCCACCUAUUCAUGGCUGCAAUACUCCGGUGCAAGACGACCUGCGAUUUACCUUGUGCAAGAUGAUUUGCGAUUUGCGUUGUGCAAGAUUUGCGAUUUCUUUCAAAAACCAUUGGUUCCAUUAAACGGGAUAUAACACGGGGGGCGACAUUCUCAGACGAGGACGUCUCCUGGGCGACAACAUUCUCAUAGUUGCUGAGCUACAGGAAUUUGAGGGGUGACUGCGAGGGUGGAGGAGGAGAUGUUGGUGUUGCGUUCUCCCCGGUUUUAGGCGUCAGUGCAAUUAGCGUCGUGGGGUUUUGGGCAAGGCUCGUGAGGAUGACAGAAAGCGUCGCCUGAAUGUCCACCUGGGAGAUGAUUGGGAUGAUCUGGUGAGCGGCAUUGGCUUCGACACUGUUGUGCUUGCCAUCGAAGAAGAUACGAGUGUCGGGCUGAUGGGCGUUGAUCUGGCCGCAGAGUUCGGUCGUGGGGUCAAUCGUCUCAUGGAAAUUGACCUCCUCGGCAUUCUUUGAGGUUGUGGUGUCCCCAAAUUUCUCCUACUCGAGGCAAGGAUCCUGAACGGCCUCGGCCGUGAAGAUGGUUUUUUAUCUAGUCUUUCCCAUUUCCGAAGUGUUUGUAGCGUCUGGUGGCGACGAAGGUACUAACUUGAUAGUUCUUUCUCUUAACGAGAGCACCAAAUAACAGCUUCCCAGUAAACCGCUAGUGGUAUUGUAGAGAGAAGGGAGCGCUAAAGUUUAGAGAGAGAUAAAUAUUGUAAUAAAUGAAGUUGGAAUCUUUUACAUCUGCCCCCCAAGGGGGUAUUUAUAGUAGUUAUAAAUGAGUUGGUGCAUUAAAUGCAUUAUAUGUGUCGACUAUUCUAUGGGCAAGAGCCAUGAGAUGUUGCACAGCUUGACGUUCUAUGGGCAAGAGCCAUGAGAUGUUGCACAGCUUGACGCGUGUCAUUCCCUCGUCCAUUUCUGGAUGAAUAUUCUCUGUUAACCGAGGUUAUGUCGGCCUCUGAGGUGGUACCCACCAAGGUGUCACCCUCUGAGGUGACCGUACGGACAUGGAUUCUGUUUCUUCAUUCUGGGUUAAGCUUUUCUGUUGAACCCUUCAGUGAUGUCAUGGGCUUGGGCCGUUGUAUACCCAAGGGUGUGUGGGUCGUGGAUCUGAGCCCAUAUACUCUAUUAGUAUUCAAAAGAUAAGGUUAGAUUGAAUUAUAAAAGUCACACAAAUAUGUUACGUAUAUAUUUCGUAUUAUUUUAAUUUUUUUCUAAAAACUAAAUUGAAAUCACUCUAAAUAUGAGUCGGAAAGUUGUAAAAUUUCAAAAUAGGAUUAUUUUUUUCCCCCUUAAAUAAGGUUAAUCACUAUAAUGUUUGGAAAAUACCGCAAACAUGACAUUAAUAUUGGUAUAUUAAUGUAUAAUAAUGUCAAAUAUGAUAAAAUAAUUUCACGAUGCCGAUAGUUUACUCCUAUUUUGGGGGGAAAUAAUGUUUCGAUUUUAGAACUUAAAAUGAUUCUUAUUCGAUUUUUUCAAAUUAAAAGUGCAGUUUCUCAUGAAGCCUUUGACUAAUCUCCCAUACACUUUCAAUAUUUGAGGCUUAUGUGGACAUGUCUUAUGACUUUUGGGAAAAUAUGGAAUAAAUUUAACUCCUUCAAGCACGGCCGGAUAAGAGUAAAGGCAAAAUACAUAUUGUAGGAACAAAUGAAGCCGUCAAUUAUUAUCAUUGCUAAUUUAUCGGCUUUGCAUCAAACUCGCAAUUACUUUCCAUUAAAGCUUUCCAACUCCCUCCUUUUCAGGUACAUUUUCAUUUCUCAGGCUCCCUUCACGAAUUCUAGUUUAAUUUGAGUUGGAUUUUCAAUUUAGAAUUUCCAAAUUUCCCUGAUCACGCUGCACCGGCCUGAUCGGUGGAAAUUCUAAUUUCUUUUUAUAUUUCCCAAUGUAUACCUAGUAAUUCUCCUCUUUUUUUCUUUCCAGAAGGAUGAAAGAUUUAUGCAUGUCUUGAUUUAAGAGGGAGAUAUAUAUAUAUAUAUAUUUGGAAUAUAUUGGGGGAGAUUUGACCCUUUUUAUGAAACUGCGAAUUUUAAUGAAAAUUGAAGAUAUCUUCCAUUUCAUUCUAUCGUCGGGAAAGGUGUCUGAUCAUUGUAUGUAGGUUUUGUUGUUAUUUUAUUGGAUAUUAAGAAAAUGGGGGAGCAUUUGGUGGUGUAUGUCGACCGGCUAGAAAAGACGAAUGAAGCAGGGUCUACCCAGCGACUUUCGGAGGCUAAGCACAUUGAGAAGAUGUCAGAAAUGGUGGGGGGCUCUUCUCGUGCUCUUGUUGGCGACAUGGGAGAGCUUGAGGAGAUUGUGGGUGAGGAGGAACCUCUAAUUGGAAUUGCUGAGUGCCGCAUCUGCCAGGAGGAGGAGUCUGUCAAGAAUUUAGAAACUCCAUGUGCUUGUAGUGGCAGUCUCAAGUAUGCUCACAGAAAAUGUGUUCAACAUUGGUGCAAUGAGAAGGGGGACACUACUUGUGAGAUUUGUCACCAGCCCUACCAGUCAGGUUAUACCGCCCCACCUCAAGCUCAUCCUGAAGACACUAUCAUUGAUAUUGGUGGAGGGUGGCAGAUCUCUGGUAUGCCUUUGGAUCUGCAUGACCAUCGCCUUUUGGCACUUGCAGAGGCUGACCGCCAAAUUUUGGAAGCUGAAUAUGAUGAUUAUAAUGCUGCAAAUGCAAGUGGUGUUGCUUUCUGCCGCUCUGCUGCCCUAAUUUUGAUGGCUCUUCUGCUAUUACGGCAUGCUAUGAACGUCACAGACGGUGAUGGUGGUGAUGAUGAUGAUCCAUCUGCUAUUUUCUCUCUUUUCUUGCUAAGGAUGGUUGGAUUUCUUUUGCCAUGCUACAUCAUGGUCUGGGCCAUCAGUAUUUUGCAACAGCGAAGGCAAAGAGAGGAGGCGGCGGCAGUGGCGGCAACACAGUUUGCAUUUGUAGUGCAAUCAGCAGCACAACGAAAUGGAAUGCAAUUUACUAUAGCAUCAGCCACACCUGCAAUUCCUAUAGCUCAAGAGCGUCAAUAACAACUAAUAUUUAUUGAGGGUGGGGUUAUUUAUUGUCGACAAUGUGCUUUGUAAUUAUGGUGUAUAUGGAUUCCAAGAGUUCACAAGAGGUGUAAAACAAAUUAUACAUAGCAAUUGUUUUUUAUUGAUGUAAGUUGCAAUUGUGAUAUAUAGAGAAUUUAUAAGGGCAGGCCGGCGCCGGGUAUGCUCUUUUAUGGUAUUUCUCCGUUUUUCGCUCCGUUUGACGCCCGUUGUUGACCCCGAAGUGCCAGUUCUUGGUCCCUUUUCCCGUUGACUCUUGUUUCUUCAUUUUUGACGUCUAAGUGCGGUUUUGCUCAAAUUAGGAUUAUUACCUAUUUUAUCUUUGAAUGUUUGUACAAAUAAUCAUAAUUACCUGUAUAAAAUAUAGGUAGUUAUUGUGCUUAUCAAUAUAUAGAGAAUUUAUUUUGCUCUCUUCACAUGCACCCGUAUUUUAUUCCUAUAUAAUUAUUUUUUGCACACAAAAAGAACAUGUCGAGAGUAUGAAAACAUGAAUGAGCAUAAAAAGAUCACAAU